GCUCAGACAUUUCUACUGUCCUUAGCUCCACGGUGACUAUAAAUACUUAGCUCGCUCCUCUUGAGUCUUUACACCCUAUCCCACAAUCCAGAACGUGAAAUUACAAGCUGCUAGUAAUAUUAGAUGUGUAAUGAUAAAUAUUUCAUUAUUUUAACACCUUUCGGUCAACCACACCACGCUGGUGAAUGGUGACGGGCCUGACCUUUUUUUAGUAAACUUGCCGCUCUGUUCGCGAAGCUUCUCGGCCCAGCCCAGCCCAGCUGACGGGCUGAAGGUCGCCCGUGCUUCAGCAUGCGAUUUAAUUUUAUAGCCUUGUCCACCCGUGGAAACAAACGGAAUUCGGUGCAAAUCCGGCGCGCGCGUGGUAAACGUGAGGAGGGUGAGGAGCGAGGAACGAAAGCGCUGGGAAAAGGAGGCCGGCGUUGGCGUUGACGUUAUCUUUCAGUCUCGAAAACUCUGACAAGUUGAAGUGAGUGUGGAAGUCUGAUACUAGUUCCUGGUGUUGAUAAUACUCGAGUCGCUAAUUCGCUUAUAACCGAGCCUCGAGGUGUACCAAUCAGGGCUGGUAAACGGUCCUUGGAAAUAGACACAGUCAGUUGCUGAAGCUGCUCAGAUAUUUUGGGCACCCAUCUGUAUAGCUGCCAACAAAGACCAAACUGCAGCCAUGUCAAAUUCAGAAGAGGCGUUGAAGGAGAAGGAGCUCGGCAAUGCCGCCUACAAGAAGCGAAACUUUGAGGAGGCGCUGGCACACUACCGCAAGGGCUUGGAGCUCGACCCGACCGACAUGCGUUUCAUUCUGAACGAGGCUGCUGUGUUGUAUGAGCAGAAGAACUACGAGGAGUGCGCCAAGACAGCGCUCAAGGCGGUCGAGGUGGGGCGAGCCAACCGUGCCGACUACAAACUGAUUGCCAAGGCCUUCUCGCGCGCUGCGCUGGCCUACAGACAGGACGAGAAGACGUACGACUUGGCCAAGAAAUACUACGAGUCGUCCCUGGCGGAGCACAGGACCCCGGAAACCAAGGCUAAGCUGUCCGAAGUGGAGAAACUCAUUAAAGAAAAAAUAGAACGAGAAUACCGCGAUCCCGAAAAGGCUGAGCAGGAGCGCGCGAGGGGCAACGAACUCUUCAAAGAGGGAAGGUACCCUGAAGCCAUCAAGGCCUACACCGAGUCCAUUAAGCGCAACCCUGAUGAGGCGAAGACGUACAGUAACCGGGCCGCCUGCUACAAUAAGCUUACCGAGUACGAUCUGGGCCUGAGGGACUGCAACAAGUGCAUCGAGCUGGACUCCCAAUUCGUGAAGGGUCACGUUCGCAAGGGCAUGCUCCUGAAGGCCAAAGGGCAGUUCGAAAAGGCCCUGGAAUGUUUCCAGAGAGCCCUCGAACUCGACGAACACAAUGCGGAGGCGCUCAACGGGUACAAAGAGGCGAUGAUGGCCAUCGAUAGUGACCCGGCGGCGGUGCAGCGGCGCGCGCUCAACGACCCCGAGGUGCAGGACAUUAUGUCCGACCCAGGAAUGAGGGAGAUCCUCAACCAGAUGCGAGACGACCCGAGAGCGGCCAAAGUGCAUUUGGAUAACCCAGAUGUGGCACGGAAGGUUCAGAAGCUGGUGCAGUCUGGUAUACUCGCGUUCCGCUGAAGUCCCGCUCCAUCCUCCUUCCGGGGCCCUGUUUCAGUGCGCACGACGCUACCGGUGUUGAUGCUCGGUUUCUUUGGAAACGUAAGCUAAAUGAGCGAUUCUAGUAACGUUUUGUUAUGGUAACUGAGCUCCAAUACCGGUAGCGCUCAGUGGCGUCCUGCCGCUGAGACGGUGCUCGGAGCGACGGCUGACCUCGGCUCGUGACAGGCUGACCCGAACUCGGCACGGGUCACCGCCCGGUGUGCGCACGGCCGGACUGAGCUGUGCUCGUCAGGCAGGGUCGCUUUCAGUGAGAGCCCGCCGUGACCGUAGCGACCGCGCCGUCGCGGUCUGAGCGCGUUCGUAUCGCGGUCGUGGCCGGCGCGAGUGUGUGUUGACUCUAAGCGGUGAUUUCAAGCUGGGUACUUGUAGCCGCCGGCGGCAGUGGCGCAGUGGCGAGCGUGGCGCUUAUGAUACAUUCGCGUUGUGCCGGUGCGCCGGAGUGGGACAAACCCGCCGUCCUGUCGCGCCCGGUCCAUCCGCAGCAAUUCGUAAUAUACAAACACGUUACGA